ACUUUCUGCCCUUGCUCUCAACCACUUUGAAUAACCCACAUUAUACUCACUAUGGCUCUUAAGAAAGAUUCCCACCCCUCCUCCGCCGCGUUCGACGUCAUCAAUGAGACCCUCCAGGGCGAUGAGGCUGGUCGCAAGGAGGCUAUCAACGGAGCCAAGGCUAUCGUUGCCUUCAACGUCAAGAACAAGGAUGGCAAGGAAGAGACCUGGCACCUCGACCUGAAGAACAAGGGCGAGGUUGGCCACGGCGCCGCUCCCGCGGGCGCCAAAGCUGACGUCACCCUUUCCCUCUCCGAUGCCGACUUUGCGUCCCUCGUCUCCGGCAAGGCCAACGCCCAGCGUCUUUUCAUGGGUGGCAAGCUCAAGAUCAAGGGCAACAUUAUGAAGGCUACGAAGAUGGAGCCUGUUCUCAAGAAGGCCCAGGCUAAGGCCAAGCUGUGAAGAUCUAGAUACCCCCUUUCUUUUCAAGGAAUUUGUAUAUGAAUGUCUCCUUUUGGGGGGGUUGGCUUUCC